CCAGCGCAUAAGCAUACUCAGAGCAUAUCAAUAAUAAUUUCCUUGAUUAAUCUGUCAGUUGUAAAUAAUGCGAUAAUUUCGCAGUUUCAAUGGGUGUUGUCGACAACGCAAAGCCCGGCCAUUCAAAAAUGGAGCGGCCAGAGCAGCACUACAUAUUUAAUGAAGAGGAUCUACCUUAUGAGGAAGAGAUCUUGAGGAAUCCAUACUCUGUCAAACACUGGCAGCGAUACAUUGACCACUUGAGAACUACAAAGAGUCCAAACUUGAAUAUUGUUUACGAGCGAGCGCUGAAAGAGCUGCCUGGAAGUUAUAAAUUAUGGUACAACUAUCUGAAAAACAGAGUUAAGCAGCUGAAGGGUCGAUGCAUCACGGAUUCUCUUUUCGAAGUCGUAAAUAACACAUUUGAAAGAGCUCUGGUGUUUAUGCACAAAAUGCCGCGUAUUUGGAUGGAUUAUUGUGCACUGAUGACAGAUCAAGGCUACGUCACGCGUACGCGACAUGUCUUUGACCGCGCUCUCAGAGCUCUUCCCAUCACUCAGCAUCACAGAGUAUGGCCACUGUACAUCGAGUUUGUUAAGCAGCACGAAGUCCAUGAGACUGCGGUUAGAGUGUUUAGAAGAUAUCUAAAGCUUGCACCAGAAGAAACUGAAGAGUACAUUGAUUAUUUGAUAUCAAUCGAAAGAUUGGACGAAGCAGCCAUGAAAUUAACUUACAUAGUUAAUCAGAAUGAUUUUGUAUCAAAACAUGGAAAAUCCAAGCACCAGUUGUGGAACGAACUUUGCGAUUUGAUAUCAAAGAAUCCUACAAAAAUUAAAUCUCUUAAUGUCGAUGCUAUUAUCAGAGGAGGUUUGAGACGUUACACGGAUCAAGCUGGUCCACUGUGGAACGCCUUGGCAGAUUAUUAUGUUAGAAGUGGUCUUUUCGAACGGGCCCGAGAUAUUUAUGAAGAAGCUGUUCAAACUGUGGCUACUGUAAGGGAUUUUUCUCAAGUUUUCGAUGCUUAUGCACAGUUUGAAGAACUCAGUCUUAAAAAAAGGAUGGAAGAGGCUGCUGACAACCCUACAGAAGAUGAUGAUAUUGAUUUGGACUUGAGAUUAGCAAGGUUUGAAAAUCUAAUGGAAAGGAGAUUAUUAUUAUUGAACUCCGUGUCGUUAAGGCAAAACNAUUAA